AUGCGUACUUUCUUAGAACUUUCAAAAGUUUGCUUUGAAGGUAAGCAGGAAUUCUGCGAUUAUGUAUUCAAUUAUAACAGCAUCGAUUACUGCUACAGUAUCCACUACGUCAACGCUGGGAAGUACCCCGACUAUGAAAUUUUCAAGAAUAUGGAAACUGUUGAUCAGCUGCUCUGCCAACCGGAUGAGAGCAGUGCGCGGCCAGUUUUCUCCAGUGUGACGUUUCGGAAUGAAGCCGAAUUCCAUUUUGUCACAAAUGUUUAUCGAAGUAUGCACCUGGUUAAGAAGUAG